AUGAGUCAAGAUAGUUUUUCUACUGCUAUCCAGUAUUGGAAAAGUAUUCAACUUGUCAACCUUCAAAAAGAACUCGACCAGCAAGGUCUUGCUAUUGUUGAGAAUCAGAAAGAUGGCCUUGUUUCAAGAAAGAAACUAGCAGAACAAACCAGAGAGUUCAAAAAGAUCCCAGAUGAAGAAAAAGUGUCCAAGUUUAAGCCUCUAUUGAAAGGUUAUCAAGCAGAAAUCGACAAUAUCACCAAACGUACUAAAUACGCAGAAAACGCAUUUUUGACGGUCUAUAAAUUACUAGCAGAUGCGCCUGAUCCAGCCCCUUUGUUUGAAGCAGCGGUCGACUCAAGUAUGCAACAAGUAGACAUGACAACACUUCAGAAUGAAAAUAGCCUUUUGAAAGAACAACUGGCAAAAGCCAAUGCGUCCAUAGAACGUUUACCUAUAUUGGAAAAGACAAAUGCAGAGCUUGUUCAGAAAAUGACGAGUCUAGAGGAAGCUUUGCAACAUAAAAAACAAAAAGAAACAAACCACGUAGAACAGGAAAUGAAGGAUCAAUACAGUGACAAGAUCAAACAAUAUAAAGAACGCGAAUAUGAUCUCCAGAGACAAUUAAACCAAGCUUUGGAUCAGUUGACAGAAUUACAGCAUUCGCAUGAUGAUACACAAGCUCAGUUGAUUAGCCAUGGACAGACCUAUGAUGAAGAAGUGGUUGGUAAAUUGGCUGAAUUGGACAUGGUGACCAUGGAUCUUGAGCGUGCUAAUGGUCGCAUUGACGACUUGAAAGAAGAAUUAGCCCGUAUUUCUGAAUCUCAACACCCGACAACUGAAGGAGAAACACAACAUGAAGCUGAAAUAAACAAGUUAAUGAAAGAUGUAGAAACAUACAAAGAUUUAUAUCAAAAGACAGAAUCAAGGUUAUCUAAAAAGAUUAAAGACUUGACUGCGGAAACACAAACACUGGUAGAGGAAAGAGAUUCGCUCAAGAAAAAGAUAAAGGGAUAUGAAGAUUAUGAUGAAAUUAAGCGUGAACUACAAAUCAUGAAGUAUGUUGAAUUCUCAACAGGUGAAGAAGAUGAAGCUUUUAAUGCAACAGAUGUCCUUAAGAAAGAAGAUGUUCAAGACAGUCUUGAAGUGCGAUUGAUGGAAAAAAACAAGAAACUCGAAAGUGAUUAUACCCAAAUCAAAAUGGCAUUUGCUGAUCUUCAACAUGAAUGUGAGCAAAAGACACAAGAGAUUCAAUCUGUUGCAAAAACACUGCAAGAAAAGACAGUACUUGUACAACGACUUGAAGAAGAUUUGCUUCGAUUAGGUUAUCAGCCUGGAGGCAACAUGUUGGGUUCCAUGUCUCCUUUACAUGCACCCAAGACACCCGAUGGAUCACCUCAUGUCAAAGAAGACAAAAGUAUUUUGCCUAUUGUCAUGAGUCAGCGUGAUCGAUUCAGACAACGCAAUGCUGAGCUGGAAGAACGCACACGGGCACUUGAAGCUAGCUUACAAGAUGCACGUAUAGAAGUUCAAAACUUGAAAGCAGAUAAUUUAAAGCUGUAUGAACGACUUAAGUUUGUGCAUGUCUGGAAAGAAGGCGAGCUGACCAACCACCGGUCUUCUAUAGCAGUGAAUAUGGAUACUGGGGAAUCAAGCCAUUAUCCCAAGACAAGCUUUAGACGUGCUUCUAUCAAGGAAGAUCCUUCAGAUAAAUACAGCAAACUAUAUGAAGAAAGCAUGAAUCCAUUUACACAGUUCCAUCGAAAGGAAGAAAACCGUCGAUACAAUGCGUUAAAUCCAGCGGAGAAACUGACAUUACAAUUGACACGCCUCUUGUUCAGUCAUAAAUGGUCUCGUUAUUUCUUUAUCAUCUAUUCUUUGCUGCUUCAUUUCUUGGUUGUCAUUACUCUUUACCAACUGAGUCUAUGGGAAUGCAGACAUGAUCAUGAAGCUAUUCUUUUUCCAACAAACAAUGACGAUGCCACCAAAAUCUUAAAUGGGGAUGUAUAA